UAUAUUUGUGAUGAAUGUGAAAUUGCUGAUGCAGAUAUUAUCCGUGAAUUAUGUGAGCAAAAUGAACCUAAACGGAACAAUGAAAAUCAUGAACAGGAUGUUAACGAUAUCACUCAACUAAAAGGAGCCAUAGAAAAUAUGGAAAAGGAAGUAAUCAAGUGUAUUAGAGAUAUCAAAUUCCAAACACAAAAUGAAGGUAGAUGUACCUGUGCUGAUGAAAAUGAACUAAAAACAACGAUGGACAAACAGCGGGAUGAAAUAAUCUCUCUGAAAGAAUGUAUUAAUCAACUGAAAUCAGAAAUCAAUAUUCGUGUGAACGAAUAUGAGCUACUGCUCAAAGAACAAAGACUAGUCGUCAAAAGCAAAGAACAAGAACUGAAUAUGCAUAAAAAAUACAAUGAAAAUGAGGAAAAGAAAUCAAACAAGCUCCAAAGUGAGUUGGAUCAAACAGUUGAGCAACUCAAGAUGGCGAAGAAAGAAAUCGACAAAUUCAAUGAAGAAAAUAUCAAUAUCAAACGACAAUGGCAAGCCAGUGAAAGUGAUGGUGAAUGGAGGGAACAAAAAAGAUACGCUCAUACCAGAGGAAGGAAAGAAGGAAGAGAUGAUGAAAAAUGGAGUGAAUAUAGAGGAAUGUAUCACAGAGGAGAUGGGCAAUGGAGAGAACGUAAGAGAAUCAUUUAUGAUAGACGAGAAGAAGGAACAUACAGAAGACCCAUCUACAAAGAAGGAGAACAAAAAAGAUACAGCCUAUACAGCGAAGUUGCUGCCCCAUAUCGUGACGUUCAAUCACGUGACCGACCGAGGAAUGGUCAACGUCGAGAGAUAUCACCACAGAGGAAUGCACGAAAUAAAGGAAAUGAGCGAACGACUGAGGGGAUGAACGAAAUACAUGAGGAAAGAAACAAACACGAGUGUGAUAUGAGUAGAGAGCAACAUAACAAGUAUGAUGGAAGCAGAGGGCAAAUGAAUGACAGAAACGAAAAGAAAAUGAGAAAAGUUGUUAUAGUUGGAAAUUCACAGAUAAGUGGAAUUGAUCCGGAUAAGUUUUCCCAAAAUGUUAAGUUACAUAAAGUAAUUAAAUACACAAUGGAUGAUGUUGAGUCUUGGUUGAAAUCUAGUGAGGCAAAGCAAACUCUUAGUGAUGCAGAAACCGUGAUAAUCCACGAAUUAACGAAUGACGUUAAACGGUCUAGUGCACUUGAUUGUGCUUGUAAAAUGAACAAUCUCAUUGGUCUGAUCAAAGUCUCCUUCAAAUCAAUUAAGAUAGUUAUAUCUCUCGGCACACCCCGAGAUGAUAACCAAUUGUAUCAGCAGCGUGUGGACAUGGCCAAUAGUAUGUUGAUGGCUGAUGCAUUAUAUGACAGAAGAGUUAAAACUGUUCAUCACAGAAACCUGCUCUACCGUGGAACAAUUAACACUAAUCUGUAUAGUGAUGAUCGUUAUCACCUUAGCAAGAAUGGAACUAGAGUAUUAGCAGGAAAUCUCCGAUGGGCAAUUGAAAGGAGCUCCUCACGAAAUAAACGAUAGACUUAUUGUUUAGGGUCUACCUGAGGACCGAGAAACUUGAAUAAACCUUAUGACUGAAAGAAAAAAUAUUCAAAUUUGUUAUUGGAAUGUAAAUGGGAUACAUAAGAGAUGGGACGGGGUUAAAUCUUCCUCAAAAUUAGAAGAAGAAGAUUUUGUCAACGUUUUUAAUUUGUAUGAUAUUGUUUGUCUGGCAGAAAUAAAAAUAGGGCCGAAGGAAAAUAUGUCUCUGCAAGGAUAUGUCAACAAAAUAAUAUACAGGAAGAGACAUAAGAAUGCUUGGAGAUUUGACUGGGAAAUUUACUUGUUAUGAGGCGAAUGCCAGAAUUCCCAGUGUAUUAGAUUAUGCCCUUGUUGAAAAUGGUGCUUUUGAUGAUAUAUUGUACUUCUAUGUUGAUGACCUCAAUAUCUUUUCUGAUCAUUGCCCCAUUAUCUUAUCUUUAAUGUCAUCCACACUUGAACAUCAAAUACCGUGUGAAAUAGAAAAACAAGUUUUGAACCCCCAUCCUAAAGCUUAUAUAUGGGAACCGCAUAUAAGUGAUGCAGCCUUUACUAAAACGCUACAAUCACCCGAGAUAUUGACCACAAUAAAAGAAAAAAAAAAAAGGAAAAGGUAUAUUGUAUAAAUGACAUUGGUAUUGAAAACGCAGUUAAUGAUGUAACAAACUGUAUCUUAACUAUCGCAGAUAAAGCGAAAAUAAAAGUAAAAAUACCUCGGGUAAAAAGCACAAAGAAAAAGAACAGAAAGAAAAUGUUUAAUGCGGAAUGCCUUGCUCUUCGGCGUCGCGUAAAACUAUUGUGUAGACAAGUGUGUAACAAUCCAUUUGAUAGAGGCCUCAGGCAGCAAUAUUACACCAUGAAGAAAAGGUUGAAAAGAAGAUUAAAAGAAAUUGUGCGUAAUAAGAGAAAUCAUAUAAUUGACAAGCUAGACAAUCUUCAAAGUGAGAACCCUAAACUUUAUUGGGAUCUGAUUAACGACCUAG